GGGCAGGACUGUUGGCGAGUGAAGUAAGUCUCUGCCAGCUGGAAGCGGGGCGAUUUGUGAGCAACCGAUCGGCUCAAUCAAUCGUCGUCAACGCUAGAUUUGGGGAUCGGGGAGGAGGAUAGGUUUCACAUCAGCCUCAUGGCCUGAUAGGGGAGGGCCUCGGGACGAGAGAGAAACAAGAAAAGAGAGAAACCCCGUCCCGGCAACUAGACCGUCCGCUCCCGUCGCCAGAGUGCCGAGUAUAACCCAGGCUAGAGCCGCCGCCGUUUCUUAUCCAGACGCUGGAAAAAGUCCUGUAAUAGUGCCAGCUCACACUAUGCCGCCGCCUAGAGCCACAAAUGUCUUCGCCGCCGGGCUCGCUGCGUCGCCUGUCACCGAGGCUUUGGAAAGCCUGGUCCUAACACACCUUGAGCAAGCUGCUCUUAGAGUCCAGGAAGCCACUGGCGUUGCUUUCUCUUCCUCAGACCCGUCGCCGUCAGAGUCAUGCCCGGCAGCACAACAAGAUGUCGCGGCGUUGGUGACCGAGAUGGGUGACUACCUGGCCCGGACCGCAAUGAUAUGGUCUUGUCUUAUCCAAAGCCUUAUACAAGGACCUCACAUCGACCUUGUCACGCUUCAAAUCUUACAAAAGUCCAAGGCAGAUACGCGGGUUGCAGAUCUGUCUGCGUCUGUGUCAAUGGACGUCACGCUGAGCCGUCUUCGCCAGAUGCGCGAUCUGGCGGAGAAGUACUCGCGGGAUGUUCAGGCCGUCUGGAGGAUUAGAGGCCACAGGAGGCCGAGCCCGCCUUGCUCACGAGCGGGGGAAACCGCAGCAAAGCCAUUGCUGACUUCGACGCCCAUGGUGACAAUACCACCGCCGGCGACAGCGGUAAUAGCAGCAGCAUCGGUAUCGGCAGCGACGUCUGAAUCGGCAGCAACGCCGCCAGCAGCAGAAUCCCCGAUAUCCGUAGCAACGCCGGCAUCAGACGCAACGCCGACCGCGGCAACCCCGAUCGAGCAGGAUGACUCGGACGACUACUCGGAUGAAAACCAGUUUGCGGGUAUCAACAUGAAGGCCCUAAAGCAACGAGGCAAAGGAAAAUACUACUGCCCCCGGGGCCAUCACUGCGACAAGGGCGGGGUCGACAAGCAGGGAAACCUGGUACUCUUCGACCGUAACUCAUCUUUUGCGUAUGUAGUCAUCAUUCCCCAUCCAGCGCAUGGCGACGAGCCGUCCAACUGCGUCCCGUUGCUUGCCUGUCCCCAGGUUCUCCCUACCUCGUCUGACCACUAG